CCCAUUUCAUUUCAAUUCAAGGGUUUAAGCCACAGUGUUGUCUUACUUCGACUUCGUCUACCUCUAAAACCCUAACCUUUUUCCUCCGCCAUGUCUCUCUGUCAACUCUUCCGCCGUUCCUCCCUCUUGCACCGUCUCUGUGCCUCCACCACCACCACCAGCCGAAGCUCUAUUUCGAUCUCACCACUCCAGCAACGCUUCUACAACAUCUCAAUUUCCCCGGAUAAUGACGAUCCGGAGACGAACACAGACCCUAAUUCAUUUCCAGCUAGUGAUCCUUCCCAAUCCCAGAUUCCUCCGAAUCAUAUCCCUCCAAAUCCCUAUCCCACGCCGAUCCCGCAGCGAACCAUGGCUUUCUCAUCAGCCGAGGAAGCCGCUGCCGAGCGUCGCCGCCGCAAACGCCGGCUCCGUAUCGAGCCUCCUCUCCACGCUCUCCGUAGAGAUCCCUCAGCUCCUCCUCCGAGACGCGAUCCCAACGCCCCACGGCUUCCGGACUCAACCUCCUCACUCGUCGGCCAACGGCUUAAUCUACACAACAGAGUCCAGUCACUGAUCAGAGCAUCAGAUCUCGACGCUGCGUCACGGCUCGCUCGCCAGUCUGUGUUUUCCAAUACCCGACCCACCGUAUUCACUUGCAACGCCAUCAUCGCCGCCAUGUACCGGGCCAAGCGUUACACUGAAUCGAUUUCUCUGUUCGAUUAUUUCUUCAAGCAGUCUAACAUCGUCCCCAAUGUGGUCUCCUACAAUCAGAUCAUCAACGCUCAUUGUGACGAAGGGCAUGUGGAGGAAGCCCUUGAAGUAUACCGUCAUAUAUUGGCAAAUGCUCCUUUUGCUCCGUCGUCAGUUACUUAUAGACAUUUGACAAAAGGUUUGGUUCAGGCUGGAAGGAUCGGAGAUGCUGCGAGUUUAUUAAGGGAGAUGCUGAGCAAAGGCCAAGCUGCGGAUUCGAUGGUGUUCAACAAUCUGAUAAGAGGAUAUUUGGACCUUGGCGAUUUAGAUAAGGCCAACGAGUUCUUUGAUGAAUUGAAGACAAGGUGUACGGUUUAUGAUGGGAUUGUGAAUGCGACCUUUAUGGAGUACUGGUUUGAGCAAGGUAAGGAUAAGGAAGCCAUGGAAUCUUACAGGUCUUUGUUAGAUAAGAAAUUCAGAAUGCAUCCACCGACUGGAAAUGUGCUUUUGGAAGUUUUUCUCAAGUAUGGUAAGAAGACUGAAGCUUGGGCUCUGUUCAAUGAGAUGUUGGAUAAUCACACUCCUCCCAACAUCCUUUCCGUGAAUUCGGAGACGAUCAGUAUAAUGGUCAAUGAGUGUUUCAAAAUGGGGCAGUAUACAGAAGCGAUUGAUACAUUCAAGAAAGUUGGGAGUAAGCCGACCUCGAAACCAUUUGUGAUGGAUUAUGUAGGUUACUGUAACAUAGUAACAAAAUUCUGUGAACAAGGGAUGUUACCAGAGGCUGAAAGGUUCUUUGCGGAAGGUGUAUCCAAAUCCCUGCCUCCUGACGCUCCGAGCCACAGAGCAAUGAUCAAUGCUUAUCUCAAGGCAGAGAGAAUCGACGAUGCUCUCAAGAUGUUGAACAGGAUGGUGGAUGUGAAUCUAAGGGUGGUUGCUGAUUUUGGCACGAGGGUCUUUGGCGAGCUGAUUAAGAAUGGUAAGCUCACCGAAUCUGCAGAGGUUUUGACUAAGAUGGGAGAGAGAGAACCCAAACCAGAUCCUUCCAUUUAUGAUGUGGUGGUUAGAGGUCUUUGUGAUGGUGGUGCACUUGACCAAGCCAAGGAUAUUAUUGGUGAGAUGGUUGGAUACGGUGUCGGGGUUGCUCCUGUUCUGCGAGAAUUUAUCAUCGAGACUUUUGAGAAAGCAGGACGUCGUGAAGAGAUUGAGAAAAUCCUGAAUUCGGUUAGCCGUCCAACUAGAAAUCCUGGGCAAUCUGGUAAAACUCCACCUAGUGUACCCGCAGUGUUAGGAAUCACACUUGCAGCUCCUCAGCAGCCUAGAGACAGGGCCCCAUGGACGAGACAAGGGGCGGGGAAUCCUGAUUCUGGUUUGGCCAAUGGAACUGCAGGUCAAGCAGCAGGAGGAACUUACAAGGCUAAUAAUGGCCAGAGUCCGUCUUGGUCCAACACUUCGAUUAACCCGCAGCAGCAAUCAUGGUCUAAUCAGACAGCAGGGCAACAGCCACCAUCAUGGUCGAAUCAGGCACCGGGAUAUCAGCAGCAGCAAUCUUGGUCUCAGCAACAGGGGUGGUCAAGUCCUUCAGGUCAGCUGCAAUCUUGGGCUAAUCAGACAACUGGCCAGCAGCAACCGUGGGGUAACCAGAACACCGGUCAUCAGCGAUCGUGGGCUAACCAGCCAAGUGGCCAGCCGCAACCGUGGGGUAACCAGAACCCCGAUCAUCAGCGAUCAUGGGCUACCCAGUCAAGUGGCCAACAGCAACCGUGGGCUAAUCAGAACACUAGCCAGCAGCAACCAUGGGCUAAUCAGUCAACCGGCCAGCAGCAACCGUGGGCUAAUCAGAACACUGGCCAGCAGCAACCAUGGGCUAAUCAGUCAACCGGCCAGCAGCAACCGUGUGCUGAUCAGACAACCGGCCAGCAGCAACCAUGGUCUUAUCAGACAGGUGGCCAGCAGUCAGCGUGGACAGGGCAGCAGCAACCGUGGUCUAAUCAGACAGCUAGCCAUCAGCAGUCAUGGUCAAAUCCCUUGCCAGGACAGAUGACUAAUCAGGCACCUCAGUCAAACUCUGUGGACGGUCAUCGUCCUCAACAACAUGAGCCAGUGUCCUCCCAUGGAUGGGAAGAUGGAGAAGAAAAAAAGGUAGUUGAGUUGAGCAACUAGUUCGACAAACUCGCCAUUUCCUCAGCACCAUCAUCACCAUUUAUAAGUUUUCUUACUUUGCCUUUUGCUUUAUGGUUCGCAAUUAUUUGCAAACUCUGGUAUUUAUUGAUUAACAUCAUAAUCUAAUACGGUUUUCUGAUU